AUGGCGGGCGCGGGGCCGGGCGGGGGGCGGGAUGGGGCCGUGAGGGCUGCGCUGGCCGUGGCUGCCGCGCUGGCGCUCGCCUUGGCCUGUCUGCUGCUGCGGGGCGCGCUGCUGGGCGCGGCGGCGCUGGGCGCAGCGGGCGCCUGGUGCGCCAUGCGGCCCGGCCCGCCCGCGCCGCGCCCGCCCGGCAAAGCCGCCACCAAUGGGGGCCCGGCCGCGAGGGCCGCGCCGCGUCGCCCCCAGCCCGGGGUCCCGCGCUGCCGGCCGCAGGCCCCGCGCCGUCGGUACCCGCUGCCGGAGGCCCGGCCGGCCGUGCCGCUGUGCUUGCCCGCCGCCCGCUGGGAGGGCGGCUCCCCCCGCAGCGCGCCCUGGGCCCGCCGGGCCGGGCCGCUCCGCAGCCCCGUCACUGUGAAAAUCGCCCCGCCGGCCGUCGGCAUCGCCCGCUCCCCGGCCCUGGAACAGUUGGUCUCGCCUCUGGCCUUGCCAGCCACAAGCAGCCCUGACCCGUGUGCAAAGGAGACUGUGCUGAAUGCCAUCAGGGAGAGCAGGAAGAGGGCUGUGGAGGAGGAGGAGGACCAGACUUUUGGGAAUGAUCAGGAGAACAAAAGAAGGCGCCACGACAGCAGUGGAAGUGGGCAGUCAGCAUUUGAGCCAUUAAUAGCCAAUGGUGCCCCUGCUUCUCUCAUACCCAAGCCAGGCUCUCUGAAGAGGGGCCUCAUCUCACACUGCCCAGAUGACUGCUCCAACAAGAGGUCUCGCACCUCCUCCAUGAGCUCCCUCAACAACACCUAUGCUGGUGGGAUCCCCAGCUCCAUCCGCAAUGCCAUUGCCAGCUCCUACAGCUCCAGCCGGGGCCUCACACGGCUGUGGAAGAGAAGAGGUGUGAGCGUGUCCCCUCUGUCCAGCCCAGCGUCCUCCCGCCCCCAGACACCAGAGUGGCCUCUCAAGAAAGCCAGGGAAGAGGAGUCACAUCAUUCCAACACUUCCACCCCAGUGAAAUCAGACAAGGAGCUGCAGACAGAGAAAGUUGUGGAGUCACCAGUGUGGAAGAAGCAGAAUUCCCUGAGCCCACCUUCUGCUUCGGGAAGCAGUGGGAAGCGCAAGCGGAAGAUCCCGUUGCUGUCAUCAUUCCGUGGGGACCAGCUGUUGCUGCCCCCGCCACCUCAACUUGGCUACUCCAUCACCUCAGAGGACCUGGACGCAGAGAAGAAAGCAGUGCUGCAGUGGUUCAACAGUGUCUUGGAGGAUAAGGCUGAUGCAGUCUCCAGCACCACUGCAGAGAUGAUGCCUGUGUCCAAACCGCCGGUGUUUGUUGUGACCUCCCCUGGGCCUCUGCCUGCCUCCGCAGCUCCUGCUCAUGCCAGUUCCUCACUUCUGGACAGUUUAAAGAAGAUGCAGAGCAGCCAGGCUGUAUCCACAAUGCCAGACUCCAGUGGAACUGCAGCAGCAUCCCAGCCUCCUCUGUCAGCUGCACAGCCACCUGCUCCUGUUGUGUCAUUGGAGUCCAGCUCUCUGCCUGCCAUCUCUGCUGACACCAAGCCUGUGUCUCUAUUGAGCACACCUGCCCCCAGCGCUCCCCCUGCGCUGGUGGUGCAAGCCCCCAGCAGCCUGGCCUCUCCUGUGUUCACUGAGCUGGGCCAGACCCCCAGCAAGCCUCCCUCCUUCCCAAAGCCAAGCAUUCUGUUUGAGAUGCUGAACACCCCACCAGCCAGCCAGCCAGCAGUGACUGCAGCCACUGCUGUGCUCACCACGGCCACUGCAAUGCCUACCAUGGCCUCUGCCACACCCACUGCAUCCACUGCUGUGCCCAUCCCGCCCACUGCCACCCCCACCACAACCCCCAUCUUCAAGCCCAUCUUUGGUGCUGUGCCAAAGAGUGAGAACGCAGCAGUUUGCACGGCUGUCACUUCCACCACAGCCACUGUGCCUGUAAGCUCAGGCCCUGCCUCAGCAUCCUCCACAUCCUCUAUAUUCAAGCCCAUCUUUGCCAGCAUUACUGCAGCUUCAUCUCCAGCCAAAGUCUCUCCUUUCACCUUCAAACCUGCGGCACAGCCAACCUCAGAACCAACAACUGCCUCCACAUCUGCUCUGGCAGGAAUCACAGGUCUUCCCAACAUCAUCUUCACCACUGCAGCUACAGCUGCUACCACCCAGAGUUCCUCCACAGAUGCCACCAUUAAACCUGUCUUCAGCUUUGGACCGAACCCGCCUGUUUCCGCUCGCCCUGCCGCCAGCGUGACUGUCACUGCUGCCACCUCCACCAGCACAACACAGCCCUUCUUGUUUGGGGGCCUCUCCAGCUCUGCUCCCAGCACAGAAACCAGCUUUGCCACCUCAGGGCUUGUGUUCCAGUUUGGGAAGCCACCUCCAGCCACAGUCACUGCCACCACCAGUGUCCCAGGAGGCCCUCCCUUUGGCCAGGUACCUUCAAACUCAACCACCGUGGGCUUUAGCAUAUUUGGGAGCACUACACUGACCACCUCUGCCGCAGCCACCACAGCUCAAGCGCCGCUGACAUUUGGCUCCUCCGUUUCAGCUUUUGGCAGCUUUUCAGCCAGCGCAAAGCCACCACCACCGUACCCCAGCACUGGGAGCCAGCUCACCUUCAGCACUGGGGCUGCUGAGAGCCAGGUGCCCACCAGCAAACCUGCUUCUGGCUCCAUCAGCUUCACCCCCUCAUUCAGUUUCGGAGCCCCCCCAGCACAGUCAGUAGCUCAGUCAGCAUUUGGCAGUGGUGCCCAGCCAGCCUUUGGCACAACCAGUGCCCAGGGCUCCUUUGGCACCAGCAGCACCCAGGCAGCAUUUGGGACCACCACUUCAGUGUUCUCUUUUGGAACAGCCACCUCCACCACAUCCAGCUUUGGUGGCACUACCCAGACCACAAGCAGCAGCACCAGUGCCACUGUCUUUGGUACCACCCCAUCUCCAUUCACUUUUGGGGCCAGUACCCAGCCGGGCCCCUCCACCAGCGCCUUUGGGAUGGGUACACCGGGCCUCAGCAGUGGGUCCCCAGCUGUGGCCUUCAGCUUUGGGGCUGGGCAGAGCGGGCCAGCCCCGGCAGCAGCACCCUUUGGCUCAUCUCUGCCACAGAGUGCACUGGGAGUGCAGGGCCAGAGCACGCCCUUUGCCUUCACCAUGAGCAGCACUCCCAACAGCAAGCCUGCAUUUGGAGGAUCUCCAGUGCCCACCUUUGGGCAGGGCACACCUGUCCCUGGAGCCGUGGGCAGUGGGAGCAGCACCCUUUCCUUCAGGACACCUAGCACUCCUGCCUCAAGCUUUGGAGGAGUCAGCACUUCCUUUGGUUCAUCCACUCCCGCCUUCUCCAUCGGGGCAGGAUCCAAGACGGGCACUCGCCAACGGCUGCAGGCACGGAGGCAGCACACCCGCAAAAAGUAACCCUAGUGCUGCUGGGCUCCACUGGCUCUCGUGUGGGGGGCUGUGGACUGGAGCUGUCCUUAUACUGAGACCAUGCCCAGUCCCUGACACCCACUGGAGACCAUGCUGGAUAAACCAAACUCUUGUUACUUGAACAGUUCCAGAGCAAAGGCUGGACAAAUUUCUGUACAUAAUCCACAAUGUUCUUUCCCUCAGUUUAUUUUGCCUUGUUUAAUAAUAUGUACAUUUCUCCCCA